AUGACGGCCGCUGCUGAUUCUUCUUUCAAUAAGGAUCUAUUAAUGCCAUGUCCAAUUCUUAAACCCAAUGAGCUGGAAUUCGCUGAUCCUAUUGGAUAUUUGGCUAGAAAAGAUGUGGCUGAAUUAGCUGCUAAAUAUGGAAUUCUUAAAAUCGUACCACCAAAAGAUUGGAAACCUCCACGGUCACUUUCUCCUAAUUUUAAAUUUCAUGUUCGAAAACAAGAUUUAAAUGAUUUAGGAUUGGUGAAUAGGUCACGGAAAUUCUUUCAGGAUAAUAUUAAUCGGUUUUGGAAAAUGAGACGGAAAAAGCAAUUGCCUUUGUAUUUCACCGUAGAUGGUAAUAGUGAGAAGAUAUAUUAUUAUGACCUCUAUAUUGAUGUUAAGAACCGAGGUGGAUGGCGGAAUAUUACGAGAGCGGAUUGGAGUGAAAUAAAUCAUAAAUACCACCAGCCUUCCUACGCAACUGACAUUGAAAAUGAAUAUGAAAAGAAUAUCUUGUAUUAUGAGAAAUAUCUUACAAGUCACUUUGGUGACACGGGUGAAUUUCCCGAGAGUGAUUCUGAAGAUGAGAGGGAUAACUGUUUGAUCUGUAACAAGAAUGAUCAUCCUGACCAAACUUUGUUAUGUGACCAUUGUGAUAAUCCAUUUCAUACCUAUUGUUUAAAGGUUCCAUUACAAUCAAUCCCCUCAGGGAAAUGGUAUUGUGAUAAAUGUUUGAUUGGAACUGGAGAAUAUGGAUUUGAUGAAGAUUUAGAUCAUGACUAUGAUUUACCGGAAUUUUAUCAAAAAUGUCUUGAAUUCGAUACUAAUUUUGCCACUGAAUAUAAUAAUGGAAACCCAUUAACUGUAGAUUUAAUUGAAGAGAAAUUUUGGUCAUUUGUAACAUCAGAAAAUUCAAAUAUUCAAGUCUUAUAUGGUGCAGAUAUUCAUAAUUUAAAACCAGGAGAAAUUAGUGGAUUCCCUAUGAAAAAUACUCCAAAUUUAGAUCUAAAAAGCCUGCUAAAUCAAUAUUAUAUCAAUCACCCUUGGAAUUUGACUCGAUUACCAUUUGCAAAAGGAUCGUUAUUGAAUUAUAUAAACACGGCUAUUUCCGGUAUGACAAUCCCUUGGAUCUAUAUUGGUUCUUUAUUAUCAACGUUCUGUUGGCAUGUGGAAGAUCAUUAUACAUUAUCCGCUAAUUAUUGUCAUUUUGGAGCUACCAAGAAAUGGUAUGGGAUUCCAUCUAGUCAUGCCGAUAAAUUUGAAACAUUGAUGAAAACAAUUUCUCCCGAUUUAUUUAAAAAACAACCGGAUUUAUUACAUCAAAUAACGACUUUAUUAUCGCCUAUGAGAAUUGUGGGAGAUGGUAUUCCAUGUACUUAUGCCGAUCAAAAUCCAGGGGAAUUUAUCGUCACAUAUCCUCGAGUAUAUCAUGCUGGGUUUAAUUGUGGGUUUAAUUUCAAUGAAGCAGUUAAUUUCACGAUGGAUGAUUGGUUACCAUUUGGUGAAAUGGCAAUUGAAGAAUAUAAAAUCACUAAAAAACCAAAUGUUUUCAGUCAUUAUGAAUUACUUGAAAAUAUUAUGAAAAGAUUUAAUAGACAAACAGGCUUGAUAUCGAAAUCUACUAUUGAUUUAGUUCAGAGGAGUUUAAAACAAUAUGAGGGUUUUAUAGAUAAACAAAGGUCAUUGUUAUUUCGGAUUAAUAAAACUAGUUUCUCACUUGAGUACAAGCCUGUUAUUGAACGUAUAUUAACUGAAGAGGAAAAAUUAUAUGGAGUAAAUGAAGAAUAUGAAGAAGAUGAUAAACUUUGUGACGGAUGUAAGACUCAUCUUUGUUAUCAAUAUUGUGUGAUAGGUAAUGGCAAUCAGAAUGAUUCUUCUUCACAGAAGCCGCUGGAACAACUUCCUACACCAUCAUCUAAUCUUUCACCUUCUGCUUCAGGCAAUGUUGAUGAAAUCAAGCCUGAAGAAGAAGACAAGAAGGAAGUUAUUCAUAUUCAUGAUGAUGACGACAGUGCAACAUGCAUGAUGGAUGAAUUUGAUAAAGUGAUAAAUGAAGCUAAGAAACGUGCAACAAGUGAAGAACCCAAUGAAGAAUCAAAUAAGCGUCGUAGAUCGUCCAGAAGAAGAUCAAGUUCACAUAAACCAAUAUAUAGUAUUGAUUACCUAUCUGCGGCCACCAAGGUGAAGAAAGCUCCGUCGUCUCCAGUUGGCCAUAAGAUGAAUACAAGAGGUAGUGGAGGAAGGAUGAUGAUGAAGUCUAAGCCCAAGCAAGAGAAAAAACCAACGCAAAUAAGAUUGUGCUUAGAAUGUGUGGUAAAGAAAUAUGAUGAUGAUGAUUAUGAGAAUGUCCCACCUAAUAGUAAAUUAAUAUAUGAAAAGCAUCUUAAUAAUUUGGAAGCUUUCAUUUUAGAAACAAAGAGAAGUCUUGAGAAGGUUGGGUAA